UCAGGUUUCCUGGCCUGUGAUUGGCUGAUAUAAGCUCGACUGCCCGCCUAUUUAAGUGAAGGGCCCUCCUCACUGGGGUUUGACAGAAAUGAAGGAGAGCGAAGUAACUUUACUUCUCCAAAAACAGGUUACUUAACCAGCCGCCCUGCGAGACCUUAUUUAACAUUUAGCAGCCAUGAAAUCUCACUCAGCGGAGGACACGACGAUGCGGACUGGCCGCCACAACAAACUUUAAAUCUUUGUUUUUAGCCUACUGAGCCAAGGUCGGCAGGUCGGUGGAGUUUACUUCAACAACACCGAAGACGGCGUUAGCUCAAACUGCCGCUAACGGACUGUCAACAAUAACAAGUGUUCAGCGGGAAGACGUGCCCUGGUUUUGUUUUGAAAGGAAGGCCUAAACUGGUGGCUGCACUGCCGACUUGAGAGACUGUUUUAGUCCGUUUCGACACACUUCUCCAUAUAACCGUCCUGAAAAAGGUAAUCCGUUUGGACUCAGCAUGUUUCCCCUCGACUCGCCCUGGAAUAUCUCCUUCGCCGGCUGUGGGUUUCUCGGUAUUUACCAUGUCGGAGUGGCCAGCUGUCUGCAGGAACAGGCGCCCUUUCUGGUUGAAAAUGCCCGGCACAUCUACGGAGCCUCGGCAGGAGCCUUGACCGCCUCAGCGCUGGUCGUCGGGGCUUGUCUGGGAGAGACUGGGGCCAACAUCAUUGAUGUGGCGAAGGAAGCACGGAAGCGGUUUCUGGGACCAAUGCACCCUUCCUUUAACCUGGUAAAGAUCAUACGGGCCAGGUUGUAUCGUACGCUGACCCCUGAUGCUUACAGCAAAGCCACAGGUAGACUGGGCAUCUCUCUGACCCGCGUCACAGACGGAGAGAACGUAUUGGUAACCCACUUCAGCAGCAAUGAGGAACUGGUGCAAGCAUGUGUUUGCAGCGCCUACAUUCCAGUGUACUGUGGACUUAUACCUCCCACCCUGCAGGGAGUGCGGUAUGUGGAUGGUGGAAUCAGUGAUAAUUUGCCUCGGUACGAGCUGAAGAACACCAUCACAGUUUCUCCAUUCUCAGGAGAGAGUGAUAUCUGCCCUCGAGACAUCAGCUCCACCAACAUGCACGAGCUCCGAUUUACCAACACAUCCAUACAGUUCACACUCUCCAACCUGUACAGAGUCACCAGAGCACUGUUUCCUCCUGAUCCACUGGUACUGAAGACCAUGUGUAAGCAGGGAUAUAAAGACGCCUUGUAUUUCCUAAAGAAAAAUGGCUUGCUGCAGUUCCGACGGCCACACCGCCCGUUGGGUAACGGGGCUGUGGAGGGUGAGGAAGACUCUGAUAAUGAGGAUGAUGAGGAAGGACAUACAAGGGAAGAAGAGAUGCAUCCUGAUGCUCAUUCAGGCACAGAAGAACACAUCUUUGAGCACUUGCCACCACGGCUUCAUAGAGCUUUGGUGGAGGCCUGUAAAGAAAGACGGAGCCUCUUGCACUCUCUAAGCAACAUGUUCCCUGUCAGGAUGCUGUCAACCAUCUUACUGCCAUAUACGCUACCACUGGAGUCAGCUGUGUCACUGAGUAUCAGGUUGUUGGAGUGGCUGCCUGAUAUACAGGAGGAUGUGGGCUGGAUGAAGGAGCAGACAGUGAAGUUGCUGCAGUAUGUUCUACAACAUGCUGGCAGGAGCGUAUCACAACAGGUGUCUGCACGAUUUUCCUAUCAACUGGAGUUGAGGCACUCUCAGUCUGCACCGGCUACGUUUAGUGCGGCCAGCCUGCUGCCAGGCUGGGUGUGUGGGGGCAGCUCGUCUGUGCUGGAUGCCAUCCAGCGUGUGGAACAGUACCAGCGCCAGCUCCUACCAAGCCUCUUCUGUGUUAAUCUGAAUCUGCGUGGCUCCUUCAGUGCUGGAUCUUCCCAGUCUACUGCAUCCCCUCCUCCCCCCAUCCAUGAAGAGACAGAUGAAGGUUUGAUCAUGCGUCCUUUGGGGCCCCCUAGCCCCAACUUGCUCUCUUAGAAACCAUACUAGCUGGAACCAUCAAUGCAUAAUGCACUGUUUCAGUCAUUGAAUAUCUGUCUAUUUAGGCCAUAUGUGAUGACCCUGAGCCCCAGCCAUGCUGAAUGAACUUUGUGAUGAAAAUCUCAAAUCACUGCAGUGAUUUAAGAAGGAAACAAGGUUGUAAUUAUUUAUUAACUGCCUCCUUAUAGGCCGAACAGAACUGGAGACAAUUAGGUGUUUGUGUGAUUUCUCUUUUUUUUUUUUAAUUGAUUUUAGUUCUGUAACUUUGUUCUCUUGAGAAAGAUCCUCUUAAUGUACGUGUAGUGUUUAACCUUGUGUUUCAUUUUAAGGUUAAAGUGUGCAGUGGGGUUUCUGGGUGUCCUUAUGUAAAUGUACAUUAAUGCCUAAUGAGGAAAUGAACCACUUUGCUAUAUGUGUUGCUGAUGAAAUGAAAAAUUAUGUCACAAAUAUUUCAAAGUAAGCUCCAGGAGUUCUAAAGACAUUUUUCCAUGGACAUGACUGCACAAAACACUUUGCAAUUUUAAUUGUUUAUUGUAAACUUCUAGCAUUUCUUUGUUUGUUAAUUUGUAAGUUUUCAUGGGUGGCAGAAAAAUGAAACGAAGAUGCAUUUGUUGGAAUUUGCCAUCCCCUUCAAAUCUUGGUCUUCCUGUCUUUUUUUUCUCUCUGGCUGGGGAAAAAGGAUAGGGGUAUAAAAGUCCAUUGGAAGUGUCUUCAUGUUAUAUCAGCUCAGAGGAUGUAAUAGUUGAGGCCCUGCAGGUGUGCAUUUGGCUCCCUGUAAACCUGGUCAAUGAAUUCUGUGCAUCUGUAAGAGCAAUAGGUUUGAAAUCCAUAUGUCCAAUUACAAUAGAUGAUCAUAGUAUUGCGGUUCUGUUUUGUUUUGCUUAUCUGUCUUUAGCAUAUUAAGCAUUGUGUGGUGAAGCCAUUGCAUCAUCCAUCACAGCUGAAACAUUUGAACAGGUUAUUAGCAACAGCACACUCCUGAAAUAUUCAAUGCUCCAAUACUGAAUUGCCAGUAUUUUUCAGUAUUUUUCACAUAUUUUCAGUAUUUUUCAUAUAUUUGACAAUAAGUAUCUACACAGCUUCAGUUGAAAAUUUGUUUGGUGUGAUGGUGCCUCCAGUAAGUCUGAAGUUGGUGCACUCAUGUUUCAGAAAGUAUAAAAAGGUGUUGCUCCACGCUGUGUCAUCCUAAGCUCUCAGUUUGUUGAGUAUCUCUGCUGUACUACUGUCUUUUAGUUUAAGUAAGAGAGUACCCAGAUGAAUCUUGCAUCACAGAAAGAGUGAAGCAGACAUGUUAAAGUAAUGUGAAUAAACAGGGAGAGAGAAAGUUGGCACAACCUCUUGCAAUGAGUACAAAUCCUACAUUAUAGAGACAGUCUGAUGUACAGCAUGUAUGUUCAGUGAUGAUAUACAGUAUCUUUUAAGUCCUGCUGGUUAAGUUGGUUUGUGACCAUGCGCUGUUCAAUGCAAUGUCCAAUGCAAUAUGUUUCUUUCAGUAAUGUACCAUGUACUGUAUUGUAUUCCUGCUUCCCAAGUGUUAGGAUGUCCCUGCUGCCUCUUCGUGGUUUUUUUUUGUGUAAAAUAUGUGAGAUGAGCAAAACUCAUGUUGUACCGUUUUGCACAUUUUUACUGUAGCCCCUAUUACAGUAAAAUGUGCUGUGCAUGAAUCGUAAUAAAAAACUGGAUUGUAA